AUGAAAUCAUUAUACAUCUUAGUAUUAAUUGCUUUAGUUUCAUCUUGUUUCGUAUCAGCAACUGAAGAGGUUGUAGAUAUCGAACAAGAUUUCGAUGCUUUCAACACCACUGAAAACAUUCACUACUACUUAGAGAAGUUUGGAAAGCUUCCACUUUCCACCUGCCAAAAGGCAGCUGCUAGAGCAUCUCACUACUCAACUUGCGGAUGUCCAUACGUAUAUGGUGGAACUUCAUGUGGAUGUGGAUCUGGUGGAUUGGAUUGCAGUGGUCUGGUCUAUAGAUCUUACAAUGAUGCCGGAUGGAGUGGAAUCGGAAGAACCACUUUCAAUCAAAUCGGUCAAGGUGGCGCCUGUAACUCAAAGUGCAGUCCAAGCAACCCAGGUGCAUGCACUGUCGGUGAUCUUUUCUUCUACUGUUUCGCCCAGCCAUGUCCAAGCCAUGUAGUCAUGUACAUUGGAGGAGGUAAAGCCGCUGAGUGCCCAUACACCGGUUUGAACUGCCGUAUCAUUACCCCAUACGCCACCUCAUACCAAACUUGUCGUUCCAUGUGUGGUUAA